AUGGACAGUGAUUUCAUUGAUGAAGAAUUCGUGUUUGGAAAAGAUGUGGAAAAGAUAAAAAAGAAGAAAGAAAUAAUUUUAGAUUGCUUAAAAAGUGUGAUAGAUCCAGAUUUAAAAAAAAACAUUGUUGAACUAAAUUUUGUACGAAAUUUAAAAAUUAAUGAAAAAGAAAAUGGGAAGUAUGUAGUUGAGUUUGACCUGAACUUGACAACUCCUGCUUGUCCUGUUAAGGACGAAUUGUUAGCAGAGUGUAAACAAAAGCUCACCAUGUAUGAAUGGAUCCAAGACACAUAUAUUAACACAACAUUUAUAUAUUUAAAUCAAAAUGAUGUUUUUGAUGAGGAGGAAAAAAAGGCAAAAAAAAAAAAAAAAAAAAUUGAGAAUAUUAUACUAGUUUAUAGUUGCAAGGGUGGAGUUGGAAAAUCAUUCUUUUCUGUUAAUUUCUCUUUCUAUUUAAAAAAAAAAGGAGCAUCCGUUGGACUUUUAGAUGCAGAUAUUAAUGGACCAAGUUUACCCACUCUACUCCCAUUUGAACGUACAUAUGCAAAAUUUAAAAGUGUCAAAAGAAAAACCAAUAAAAUAUUUUAUGAGUCAGAAAGGAGAAAUUCAAAACAUGAACAAGCUCAUCUCUUUAAGAGGGAAGAAAAUCACGACAAGUAUGACAAUCACGACAAUCGCGACAAGUAUGACAAUCACGACAAUCAGACGCUGCAUCACAUUCAUGAACCCAAACAACAGGAUCAGGGAUAUAAAGAAAGUGUUAAAUUACAGAGGAAACAAGGAACGCACCCCUCAGACUUCACUGUGUCGAAUGAUCGGACUGACACAAAUGCCAUCUUUGAGUUAGAUAAUACCUUCACAGGUUCACACAUUUAUUCCCAGAAAAACUAUGCCCAUAGUAAUUACAGGGGGGAGGAGGGGCGCAGCCCCUCACCUCGGGGUAAGAAGGAGAAGCAAAAUUUGGCAAAUGUGUCAGUGCAAAAUGGGAUGCGAGUUGGAGAGGCUGUAGAUGCUGGAGAAGUGAGCGAAGUUGGAAAAGUGAACGAAGCGAACGAAGCGAGGGACGCAGAAAUGCAUGACGACUGCGAGGAGAGACCUCUUCUAAUCGAACCGCUACUCUAUAAGGAUGUCAAGCUGAUGUCGUACUCAUAUAUAAAGAACAAGAAGAAUUUAGGAUUUUCCUCCUUCAGAGGGCCAGUACUGAAUGAAUUGAUAAAGGAAUUUAUAAAUAAUGUGGACUGGGGAAUAUUGGACUACCUAAUAAUUGAUAUGCCUCCAGGAACAAAUGAUAUACACCUGAAUUUAUUCGAGUCUGAACAUAUCGAUGGAGUAAUUAUGAUAACAACUCCAAAUGAUUUAUCAAUUAAUGAUGUAAAGAAAGGAAUAAAUAUGUGUACAUAUUUUAAUAUCCCAAUUAUAGGUUUAAUUAUAAAUAUGAAUUCAUUUAUAUGUGACAGUUGUGAAAAAAGACAUCAACUUUUUAACAAUUGUGAUUUAACAGAAUUAAAAGGAACAAUUAAUAAUGUUUACGAAAUUCCUUUUCAUUCUCUAUUUUCUAAAAAUGUAUAUUACAAUAAUGAAACAGAAGAGAAAACAUUUCCUUUCAUAUUAUCUUUUGAAAAACAUUAUUUAAUUGACACACUGGAAUGUAUUUUUCAAGCCAUAACUAGGGAAAUUUCAAUGCAAAAAUUUCAUCACACAUUAAAUUUGCCAUCUAUUGAGAUUUACAAGAAAUAUUACAUUCAGUUAUCCUUCGAUUCGAUUGAAAAUAAAUUUGUUUUUUCAGAUGAUGUUUUUAUAUGUCAUGUUAAGGACGUUAGAUUAAAAUGUACUUGUGAUAUUUGCAAAACAAGUGAAAAAAAAAAAAAAAAAAAAAAAAUAAUACAAAAUUCAAAUUUGCAUGUCAAAGAAAUAGUCAAGUUAGGAAUAUACAAUGUGAAAAUUGUAUGGUCUGACAUGCACAUUUCUGUUUAUUCAUAUGCUUACUUGAAACAUAUUUUUCAAAAGAAACGCUUAUCCUCCCAUACUUCUUAUUGUCACACUGCUCGUAAUGCCACCUUGGAGUGGUAG